AAGGAAGCCCGUAAAUUGCGAAAUUUGAGCUGAGAUCUGCUUAAACUCUCGCGAGACUUGCUGUCCGACGACCUAUCCAAACCUUAACUAUUCGAGAUCAGUGCUUAACCUUAACAAUCUCGCGAGAGUUCCCCCAGUUUGCUGGCUCCCUUCUAGCCACUACCCUGAGUAGGAGACUAACUAGUUAGCUAGUUACAGUAGAUCGAUUCUUUUGAUUAUUGGUGAUUUAUUAAACCAGCUGUUGACUCAAAAUGAGUUUAGACACUCUCUUUCAACAAAUCCUUCAAACUGAACAACAAUUAACUGAGCGGACACACAAAUUCAAAGAAGUCAAAGUAGCCAUCAUCAGAUGUAAUGAGAAGAUCAAGAGCUCCACUGAGAAGAAUCAAAAGACCAAUGAGGAGCUUGAUAGAAAGGCUCAGCAGUUGUCUGCGAUGCGGCUGCAGCAUGACCUGAUGAAGAAAUGUGAAGACCAGAUGUUGAAGCAAAUUGAGGAGCUGCUCUGCCAGAGGAGCCAACUCAGGGAGCGUCUUGCCAAGAUAAAGUGGGAGUCUAAAGAAGAAGAGGGAAACUUCCUUCAAGAGAUCUCCAGAUUCAACAGUGACUUCAGUCUUCGAGGGAACAGAGACGUAGUGUUCGAGAGCCAAACACACACUGAGAUGCUGGACCUGGAGAGGGAGGUGGAAGCACUGAAUAAAGAGAUGGAUCUGAUGAGCUCCAGGAACGGUCACAUGAGCUCCAUGCAGGAGGAGAAGAGAGCGCUGCAGCUCAACCUGCAGGGCCUGGAUGACGUCCAGAAAGACCUGGAUCAGCAGCUGAGCGAGGCUGAAGCGACGACAGCAUCUCUGAGAGCGGAGAGCCUGUUUGUCAGUCAGAAACCUCUCACCGACAGCACCUGUCUGAGGCUGAGGAAGGAGCUGGAGAUGCACAAAGAAGGAGAGCUCGAGCUUCUGCGAGAGGCGCUCAGCUCAGAAAUACGCUUCCUGAAGUCGAAGCUGGACAGCAGCCAGGGGAGUGAGCAGGCACAAUGAUGAUACAGGAACACAGGUUAUAUUGGUUCACUGAUUGUCUCUCUGUUAAUAAAACCAACAUGAAUAGACGGGAGAGAAAGAAAAGAAAGAAGGAACAAGCAGAGCGAGGUAAUCGAACAGUGUGUUAUUUAAUAUUUACUUUGAAAGUUACAUGAAAAGAACAAAUUUCACUCAGUGAGUCACCUCCGUCAGCACAAAAACUGUCUUUACUGUUGACAUUUAUGCACCCUGUGGAAAACAGAACACACAGAUUCAAUACUAAAAUUGAUUAAAAAGAUAAUGAAACAUUUUUGUUUCUUGUUACCUCUUUCAGGCCAGAAAAAUAUAACGUGCAGGGCUGUUUCUGCCUUCAACUAGAUGCCCUUUAAUGACAAAUACUGCUUUUUACAUUUGAUUUAUUUGCACAAGACUAACAACUAAACACAAACGUCUACAUAGUGAACAGGAUAAUGUGUGUUUCAUUGGUGGCAAAUAAAGAAGGCAUUCAAAACA